AGCUUGCUGCUGCAGAUCGGAGAGGCGAUGCUGGAGGAGGAGGCACGGGAGGCUGAGAAGGAGAAGAUGAUGUACAUGGAGGAGAACUGCCCCGCCCUCUCCAUCCCGGGCUGCAUGCAGGAGCUCCAGGAGCUGUGCCGGAAAAUUUACAAGCAGAUUGAUUUGGUGGACGAAGAGCGAUACGACAUGGAGAUGAAAGUGACAAAGUCUAGCAAGGAGGUCGAUGACCUGAAGUUGAAGGUUCAGGAUCUGAAGGGGAAGUUUAAGAAGCCGGCCCUGAAGAAGGUGCGGAUGUCGGCCGAUGCCAUGCUGUCCGCUCUGCUGGGCUCCAAACACAAAGUGGCCAUGGACCUGAGAGCCAACCUGAAGCAGGUCAAGAAGGAGGUGAAAGAGGAGGAGAAGCAAACAGGCGACUGGAGGAAGAACAUCGAGGACAAGGCCGGGAUGGGCGGCAGGAAGAAGAUGUUCGAGACGGAAGCAUGAACACCUGAGUGUUCUUCUGCUGUUGACAAGCAUCUUUCAUUUAUGUGUAUUAUGUGAAUCCACACUGUUGGAAAAUUGUACAAAUAAUAGAAUAAAUAACUUAUGUGGGGCUUCUGUGUGUUUCAUGGUGAUAAAUUGUGAAAUAUGUGAUGCUACAGACCAUUUUCCAUA